AUGCCCAACAGAGGACAAGGAAAUAACUCCUCUGCUUUAUUCGGUGCACCUCCUCCAACAUCAUCAUUAUCAUCUCUAAUAACAAAUUCCGCCAUGAUGAAUAAUAAUAAUUUAUUGUUAAUGCAGCAACAACAGCAACAGCAGCAACAAGUGGGAAAUAAGGAUCCUGCUACAUCAUAUAAUAAUAAUAAUAAUAACAAUAAUAAUAAUAUUGAAAGUGAAACUAGUAAUGAUAACGAAGAUAGUCAACAAGGAGGAAAGUUUGCUAGUAUUGCCUGUACCUCGUGCAGAAAGCUGCAUCGUAAAUGUGAUAAAACUCUUCCUUGCUGCGCAUAUUGUGUCAAGACUGGAAAACAAUGUGUCUAUCCAUCACCAAGACGUGGAAAACAAUUUCAACAACAGAAAAAAGCAAAUCAAUCAUCAUCCGAUGCUCAUUCACAACUAUUUAAUAAUCCUUCCGUGGAAUCAAUGGAAGGUCCUUCACUAACUAUUCCUACUUCAUCUUUUAAACACAUUUCUAGUACAAGUUCAAUUGAUAGUCAGAGUUCAACCUCGUCAUCGAAUGAUGCCUCACCAAUACACUAUACUCCGUAUGAUACCGGAAAGACUCAACAUGAACUCAAUUAUAAAUAUGUAGCUACACAGAGUUUAGAUAUCUACUAUAGUGUAUUGUGUUACGGAUAUCCACUCAUAGAGAGGGAAAGAUUACAAUCACUAAUUGAUGGAGGAAAACAAAAAAAGAAUGGUCAAAAUACGCCACUCUUUGUUUGGCAAAGUAAAUUGGAUCAAGAAAAGGAUUAUGGACUAUUGUACACAAUGCAGGCCUUGUGUCUUCAACAAUUGGGCCACAAGGAUAUUUCUUCACAACUCUUCCUUAAAGGAAAACAAAUAGUUGGUAAAUUCUUUGAUGAAGUUGACACGUUGAACAUUCCGAUUGCCAUGAAGUUUAUGGCUGAAUAUUUACUAGGCUCAGGAGAAAAGAAGAAGGCACGAGUGCUGACAUCUACUAUUAGAACAAAUAUUGCACCAUAUCUCAAAGGUAGUGGGCUCAUCAACCCUAAUAAUAUGGAUAAGGACUUUGGUUGGAUAGAUAAGGAACCAAGACUUUUCCCAUCUGUUCUAUUGGAGAGUCAACUCAAAUAUUUGGAAUUCUUUUUAACAGAGGAAGAAUCUCCACAAACAUUUAUUUUCGAAGAAUUGGAAAUUUUAGGCCACAACAAGAUGAAAUUAGACCUCUCAAAAGUUGGACCAACCUGUAAGAACCUUAAUGAAGAAAACAAACAAAAACUUUUAGCAAUCAUCAAGACGUAUGAGUGUUUCACCGAUUUGGUAUUUAAUACUUUAGCAAAGAAGGAUGCACUUGUCUACCUGAUAGCUCAACUCACAAACAAACAAGUUCAUUUGGAAAUUUUGCUAAACUGCAGUCCUCAAAUAAUGGACAUUGGUGAGAUGCUCAAAAUUUCUUACCAAAUUAUUGAACUUACAAAGAACAACUUUUUCACAUAUAUUCCUAUUUUCUCUACCAAAGCCAUAGUGCUGGCUUGUAGUGUUAGACUGAAAUAUAAUAAUCAAGGGCUGAAUCCACAUGGUUUUAUAGAUUUUAGAGAUGAUUUAAGAGCUUUAAGAGUGCUGGCUAACCGAUUUACUCUCAUUCAAAAGGAACAUGCCCAGCUCAUCAAGACAAUUGAAAGCGUUUUAUAUACACAGUCGCUGACACAAUCCCACAAGGAUAUUCCAUUUGGCGGUCAACCAUCAUUCACCUCGGAAGAAAAUCCAUUCCAAGCCUUGUUAAAUAAUCCAUCUUCUUCAUUCUCUCCAGAGGCUGCCAUCUCUGAUAUUUUACCACCUAACGGAUACUAUGAUGAUUUUCUGGAUCAUGAACAUGAUAUUGGACUUUAUUCCCAGGGUGAUUUGUUUGCCAGCCAUCUUUUGGAUACUUUCUAUGAAAAUAAUGUGUAUGAAACUCGAUAUAGAAGAAUGAUGGAAGAUGUUAUGGAAGGUUCGGAGAGAUUCUCCAUUUCCAUUCAAAAUAUGAUCAAACAACAACAAGCUCAACAACUUCCAGAUGCCCUCCAAAGAGCUGAGGGUUUAAAGAAGCUACGAUUGGAUUUGGCAAACCAAAUGAUAGAUAUUGCCAAACAACAUAACGAUAUUCCUAGUGUUAUUGAGGCUGAGCUCUUCAGAAGGCAAGUUAUUGCUGCCAAUGUCAAUACACAACAAGCUAUACAACUACAACAAAAUAUAAGAGACAAUCAUCAACAAUUUUCACAAUUCUUGGAAACUGAUUCGAACUUUAUGGAUGAAUAUCCUUUUGAAAUGUAA